GGGCGGGUAGGUGAUCAAGAGAGCGGGACUGUUCGAAUUGAAUUUGGACAGAGCAGACCGGUGCAUCCUGUGUGUUGUAGACGGCGUGCUGUGACUCUCGCUCCGUCAGCAAUGGGAAUCCCACAAAUCGUAGGCGCCGACCUGGCCUCGGAAACGAGACGUCCUUUCUGUCGCUCGGAUGACCCGGACCUUCGUCUCGCGAGUUUCUUCAAAUGGUCGGGUAUCUCGAGGUGGUAACUUGGCAAUGUGGAGAGUCAAGGGAGGGAACGUUUCCAACGUAAAAUCCAGUAUCUGGGCAUCAAGCUGGCAGCUGGAUGAAGGCUUGGGUCCCGAGGUCAGGGACGGUCCAACGAGGGGCUAAGAGGAGGGGAACGCGGUGCACGUGAUAUACGUGUGCGCGUUCUUUGCGCAAGCUUGGCACGACGCGGUUCAAAUGCCCGCCUGAACGAACGUACAGCCCCCAUUGCAUCUUGGCCAUUUACCACGACCAUCCCUGCUCUCUGCUACCCAGAUACAUCUCAUCAUACAUCACCUCACGAUGCUUCUGCUCCCUACUUUCAUCCAUGGCCUUGGCCUUCUUCUCGCGAUCACCGCGUCCUUCAAGUUCAACGUCGUAGCCCCUGGGGAUCUCGUCCACUGGCUGCUCGCCCCCGCGCCGCUGUACUCGGACCCGAAACUGUUCGAGGACUAUGUGCAUCCGAUGCGCAGACUCGAUGUCGUGGACUACUACUGGCAAGAGGACGACGCGCAACUGCGUAGGGUGCUCCCCCUGAUGGACAAGAUCGCUGUGCUGUUCAAGGAGAUCGGGUACACAAACUACACUUGGGACUCGAACGUGGUCGCUGGGGCAUACACAUUCUCGUUUGAGCGACCCCGCGGAGUCUAUGAGAACGACAUGGACGAUGACGCGACCGCCAUUGAACACGCUGCGCCCGGGUCGACCUGUCUGGGCGAUUCUGUGAUCUCGCCCAGUGUGGAUCAACCCCAGACUGCUUCUCCUGUCGCUGCAAGCUCAUCCAAGGUCGUGGUCGUGCCUCGCGCGGCGCCCAACACACCCACCCGCACCCUGGCUGUCGAUUUGGCGAACUCGCCCAGUGUUAAUCUUCCUCUGGAUGGGGUUGUCUCCACUGCGACUGCCGUCAACGCGUCUUCUCUUCACGCUGCGACUCAGAUGUCUGGGACCGCCUCCGUUACUCAAUCUGCCCCCUCAUCUCAAGACACAUCUGAGCCCAAUAUUCUGGCUUCUUUGCUUCUUCUUGCUUGCUUCAUCGUCUUCUGUAUCAUCAAUCGACUGCAAAUGCUUGACUUGGCUUGCUCGGCUGAGACGAACACCACACCCACUACCCCUGUCCUUUCGCUCUCUCCUAGCUUGCAAGUGCAGGUGGCUGCGACGACUGCGGACGACGACAAGACUCAAUGCAUGCUGGUUCUGGUCGGGCUCGCCUACCUUGCUCAAGUCGCGUCAAAAUCAACUACCCAUGCGCUGACUGAAGAACGCGCGAUGGCUGUUAGCAAGGCUGGCUUCGAGAACGCACGCACGCACGAGAUCAGCAAUGAGCCUCACUCGUCUUCUUCAUUGACGGCAGUUGCGAAUGCACCUAGCGCUGCGGAUGUUGACGACUGCCGACCAAAUUUGUCGAUCCCGGAGAACGUGGGCUCGUGCUUGGUGGAGUUCGAUGAUCGAGAGUUUCUGGCGUCUUCAUCCAUGCCACGGAUCGUCGAGCUCACGAGCAGUGAUUCAGAUCUGGGUGAGAGCUCAGGAGAGGUUGAUGAUGUCGAGUCCAUUCCUUCCGAGUUCCAUCGCCCUCCGGCUACCAAAAACGAGACGAGGACUGCUGCUGAAGAGGUAGGGCAUCGGGCUCCUUACUCCCUUUCGUCGAUGCUCAUGCCCAACCAGCCACAGCAAGCUGCCAUCGCGCCUGCUUUGACUGCGCCGUUUGCGGUUCUCCAGCCUACCACUUUACCCUCAAUCCUCUCACGCAACCGCCACUCGCGUCUUCACCGACGAUGAGGGCCCCUCGAAGCCCAGUCAAAUCGCGUCUGCCUGUUCCGAUCGCCCAAAAGCAAGGGAACGAUCCGAUGACUGGUCGCGUCCGCAAGCCUCAGAUCCUGCGGCAGACUGCUAACACUCGAGGUCUUGCGCUAGCAAACCCAUCCCGCAUCCCCUUGGCGCCAUCUCAGUGUCAGCCGAGUGUGAUCUAUGCAACGUCUCGCCUUCCCAGUAUUCAAACUCCUCGUCCGUACGCCAGUCGAGUUCCUGCGCCAGCAGACACAUUUGCGUCACGCUUCGUGCAACCUCAGGCUCAGCCGAGCGUGAUCUAUUCGACAGCUCGUCCGACCGCCAUCCAAACACCCCGCUCAUAUGCAUACAUCCUGGGACCGACGCAGUCACCCAACCAAUCCCUGGCUUCCCUACGGCCCACCCACCAUAUAAACCACCACCCCCGGGCCGGGGCCUGGCGGGCUUGACGGUAGAACACAUCCAUUCUGAUCGCGGCGGCGGUGACGAGGACGAACUGACCAAUGCUUUGAACCGGAAGAAUCGCAUCUCGCUGCUCUGAUAACCCAGCCACUGAACGCGACUGAUCUCGAGUAACGUGCUCAGACGUCGCUGGCCGUGCCAAGAAGUGGGGACGCCCCUUCGCGGCACGGCGGCAAUGUGGCCGCGGCGGGGCUGACGGGCCUUUGCUGCGGUGCAGAGGGUUAGGUGAUGAGCGCGGCUGUGUGUUCCAUGGUGCGAGCUUGGGAGGGGAGCCCUCGUCUGUCUGUCGUCCGCGCUGAAAUCAACCACUACUACUGUCUCGUUCUCGGUCUCGGUCCCGGUCUCUGCGAUAUCUCUCGGAUUCGGAUUUGCUUCAUCUUGGAUUUGCUUCAUCUUGAUUUGGACGACUCUCUCUCUCUCCCUAAUACAUUCCCUCUGUAGAUCAGAGUCGUGCUUCAUAUAUUGCUUGUAGAAUGAUUUCUUU